AUGCGACUUAUCAACACCAAUGACGGCCGGUUCAAGGAGUUUAUCGGCAACGAUAUUCCACCAUACGCAAUCCUAUCACACACGUGGGAAGAUGGAGAGGUGACUUGGGCUGACAUGAAGAGCGGGAGAUAUCAGAUGUUCCGGAGCAAGAAGGGCUACAAGAAGAUUGACAUGACGUGUCGGAUAGCGAAAAAGGACGGAUAUCAAUACGCCUGGGUCGACACCUGUUGCAUCGACAAAUCCAGCAGCGCUGAGCUAACCGAGGCUAUUAAGUCCAUGUAUCAGUGGUACCAACAGUCCUCAGUGUGCUACGUCUUUCUUUCCGACCUCCCGCCUCCGCGAGUCACCCCUUUGGAAAUUACUCUAUCACGAUGCCGGUGGUUUGCUCGUGGAUGGACUCUCCAAGAGCUGAUCGCCCCAGCAAACGUGGUAUUCUUCGACGGGGAGUGGAAGGACAGGGGUGACAAAGAAACCAUGUCGGUUGCCCCAAAAAUGAACUGGGCGGCUUCCAGGACCACAACAAGAAUAGAGGAUACGGCCUACUGCAUGCUCGGGCUUUUCAACGUCAAUAUUAUUCUGCUUUAUGGUGAAGGGACCAAGGCCUUUCGACGGUUACAGGAAGAGAUUAUCAAAUACACAGCCGACUUCAGCAUUUUUGCUUGGAGGGUAUCACCAGAAACAAACACAAAAAUGCACCCUGGUGCCCGAGUUUAUUGUGGUGUUCUCGCCGAAUCACCUCUGUAUUUCGCAGGAUCGAAGACCCUUAUCAAACUACCUCGAGACGACGACAGGCGAGUUUUUUCCAUGACGAACAGCGGUAUCAAGAUCCAGUGCCAGGUCCUAUCCGACCCAAUACCAGGCAAACGAGCAUCUCUUAUGUUCUGCCGCUCAACUGCUCAGAUGUCAAACGGCCGAUUGGGAUCCGGUUACGAAAGUGCGGCUCGGAUAGGUUUGUGA